CGGCCCUUCCUGGCUUCUGGGCUGGAAGAUGGCGCAGCUGCCGGGGCUGCUGCUGCUGGAGCUGGCCCUGCACGCCGCAGCCUUCCUGUGCGGGAUCAUCUGCGCCUCGGCCCUCACCGUCGCCCAGGGAGAAUUUGGUGGCCAGUGUAUCUUGUAUGGGUCUGUGGUUUAUAAUGGGACAUUGAAUCUCACCAGUUCCAGCCCCGUCUCCCUCUGCUACUUCGUCACGGCCAUUUCUACACUAGCAGCCAUUUUCUGCUUCUUGGCUCUUCUCUACGGCAUCUACACCGGUUGCUUUGGCGAAGGAGAACCGGAACGUGUCUGGCUCAGGGGGUCGUUGGCACUGGUGGCCGUGGUCCUCUUCUUCUUGCUCAUCUCGGCCUGCAUCCUCCGAGUCGGGAUGGAUGCCCUCUGUGGGUCUAUUCUGAAGUCUGCAGCUGCACCAAGCUGCCAAGAAGCCCAGCAUCGACCCUGGGUCCCCCAGUACCAUGCCGAAAAGUUCUACGACAAUCUCUACACGGCUGAGGCAGCUGCUUGGGUGAACUUCUUUUUCUGGUGCAUGUUGCUGCUGCGCUUGUUCGUUGAGUGCGUGAGCAAAACCUCUUCCCGGCUGUCACUGCAAAGAGAUCUGACACGGAACAGCGAGAGAACACCCAUCGUUGGGGAUGCAUCACCCAUGCCUUGAUGAAGGAGAACUGGGCACCCCUGGAAACCAUUACUGCUCUGGUGCAUGGGCCGACUCAGGAAUCCUCUUCUCCACCUUAUGUUUUGCUGCACAGUGGGAAGGAACUGGUUGUUUUUCUUCCUAAGUGUGUUAAAGGGGAACAUCUGCUGAUUGUCGGUGGACAGUAUGUCCUUCAUCCAGAAGUUCUGGGACUUUAAGUCUGCCAGAAAGAAAUGGGGAGGGGAGGGGAACAGAUGGAGCAGCCCUCGGCAUGUUCCAACCCUGCUUCUUUUCUGUCAUAACCUUUCUGUCUCCGUAUCACCUUCAUCGUCACGCUGAGAUUCCACAGAAAACGACCAGUUUCCACUGUAUAAAGCAGCGCAGUCCAACAGGACUUGAAAGAUGGGAGUGUGUCUCAAGCCAUGGUGGCGAACCUAUGGCACUCCAGAUGUUCAUGGACUACAAUUCCCAUCAACCUGGACUACAGGUUCCCAUCAUCAUGGACUACAGUUCCAUCCAGAACAUCUGGAGUGCCAUAGGUUCACCACCAUGGGCUUAGGCUGAUCCUCUAGCUUCAUACCCUGACAGCAGCCUGCAGGAACCACCUCUCCUGGAAGUAAGCCCCAAGUCAGAGGCGUAGCAAGGGGGGAAAAGUGCCUCCAAGCUGUGGAACCGUCUUCCACCCGCCCCGGAAAGCCACACCACGCUCCCACAGGGGUGCAUGCCUGGUGCGUUGCGCCCCCCUGUCCCCUUGGAGCUACGCCUCUGCCCCAAGUAAUCCUACCGUUGUGGGUUCUCCUUGCAGAAAGCCCAGGAUCCACAUCACCAACAUGAAAGAACGGCCCUGCUGGAUUUAACCCGCAUUAAUUUAGUGCAACCUCUUAUUUCCCAGCAUGGCCACCCUCCUCUAUUGGAAAUUCAGACUUCAGGUAUUAAGGCGUGGCCUUAUCAGGUAAACUUUUCUCUACUCCAUGGCCAGUUUCUCUGAAUCCAGGAAGGAAACUGGUCCUGCCAAUGUGACACUGCUAACGUUCUGCCUACUUUAUUUCUUGUCGACAAGGAUGCCUCUGCAUUUAAAGUAAUACAAGAGACUCUUUUUCCUCA